AUGUGGACAGGCAAGAUCAUCAGCAAGAGGAAGCACCACGUGCUCACCUCCGCUCAUCCGUCGCCGUUCGCCGCGCACAACUUUUUCGGAAACAAACACUUCUCCACCGCCAACAACCUCCUCAAGCAAAGGACGCUGACGGGGGAGUCCAAGAAGCCGAUCGAGUGGCAGCUGGACCCCAAGGACGUGGAGCGCGAGAACCAGCGCCGGUGGCUCGAGGAGCGGGAGGCGGAAUGGACACAUGAGGAGCAGGAAGAGGAGGAGAAGGGCUCAUCUGAACCAUCACCGGCACCCCAAGAAGAGGAUGAUGAGAAAGAUAGUGGGGAGGAGGAAGAUGAAGCCACCUGA